AAUUAAAAGUGUUAUUGUUUUACUCACACCCUACAAUUAAUCGCUUAUAUUAUUUUAAUAAAGUAAAUACGUUUUUGUUUAUAUAUUCUCUGAAGAUUUCAACGUGAGGAAAAGCCUGAGCUAGAGGGCGCGUUGAACUAACCUCGAUUCGGUAACUAUUACCAAACGCCCAGUUGUAUUAAACGGUUCCCGGUUUGCGUCAAGCGAAAAAUUUAUCAUAAUCAAAUGGUGUUAAAAUCAACCAGCAGUUGAGUGUACCGCGAUUAGUCCUAGUUAUCAAUGAAUGUCCAGUUAUGUGAACCUAAUCGAAAAAAAACCUUCAACCGAAUCCGUCAGACGUCCCGUACUGCCUCGUAAUCCACCGAUGAUGGACCGGCCAUGACCAGGACCGGAUAUCAACCUUGGUCGCAAGUGCGAGCCGUUCACCAUCUCUGCAAUCGGAAUGGGAAGACGAUCAGGUACCUGCUCGAGAGGAUCUAAAAAGAGUGCAUUGUAUUACACCACCGAUUGUGGAGACGACAAGGAAGAUAUAGGAUUGAACGCUCAGCAGCGCUCGGUGUCACUAACAGCUCUCAGCACCGGUUCACAGCAAUUACUGGAACCCAGAAUGGCCCAGCUAGAGACAUUGGAAGCCAAGAUGGCAAGCAUAGAAGUAUCAUUAUCAACAUCUCCAAGGCGAAAAAAAGGGGGAAGUAUAUCCGGGGGAAUAACCUCUCCCCAGGUCGGUCACAGAAACAAGGAUCAGUAUAAAGAGGUCGACGCUCUGCGGAUCGCUCUUCGGGACAAAGAAAACAUCAUCCAAACCCUCAAGGGUCAAUUAUGCAAUACGCUGAGUAAUCGUCUGGCCUUGCGGAAUGGGGCACCACCACUUACAGAAGCUGAUAGAAAAGCCACUGAAGAGAGACUCCAGAGAUUACGACGUGAUACUGAUAACAAGCGACUGGCUAUAAAAAAUCUAAAGCUGGCGUUGGAACGUUUGGAUAUCACUGACAACAUCGAUGUGAGGAUACAACAAGCGGAAUUAGAGUACAGACUCGGCCGGGAGGAAUUGGAAUUACUGACCUUGCGGGAAGAGAGUCGAGCACUACAGUCGGCAUUAGAGUUGGCAGAGACCCAAGAAAAGCAGAAAAAUGACACAGUUUUCAGCUGUAUUACGGGGGGAGCACAAAUGACAGUACAUGCGGUGGAAGUGAGUGCCGAUCCAAAGAGCCCGAGAUUUGGUGCAGGUCCGAGGGAUGAUGCAGCUGGCCUAUAUGUCGAUUGGGCUAUUGAAGAUUCCGGUCUUUGCAAAGGGGAUAGGAUUUUGGAGGUGAAUGGAAAGUUGGUGGUGGGUUCUAGUAGAAGUGACUUGGCAAGGCUUUUAGCAGUGGCCCCAGAUGCUGCACAGAUCGUUGUAUUACGAAAGAGUGAGUCCUUGGGAGUACUGAGAACUUUGAGAACUGAAAAUCUUCGGUUAACUCACAGAAUCGGUUAUCUCGAGGAGCAAGUGAGAGAUCUCCUAUCACCAGUCAGAACAGAAGUAACGCUAGAUUCCCCCCCGCCUAGGAAGGAUAAUCUGCAAGUUUAUCAGAAGGGUCCUCAAGUAACUGCUCUUGUGGGUAAUUUGCCGGGUAUGAAGGUGCGCAGUUCUGGAGACUUGCGACAUAGCUUGACUAGUUCGAAAAACCGUCAUAGUGAUCAUUCACGUAGGAUCAAUCCGAAGGAGCUCGAUUUACUGAUGGAGGGUUUGCAUCACAAGUCACGGCAUCGAGAUAAAACCCUUCAAUUGACAAGAUCAACUGCUAGUUUGGAUUGCAAAUCACAAACUACGAUGCAAUCACAUCGAAGACGUUCUAGCAAGUAUGAUUCAACUGUUGAUUUGAAUAAGACCAGGAAGAGCAUGCACGGACUGUCAUCACUUGAGUUUGAUUCAGAGCCUACUUAUUCUCGUAUGCAGGAUACACAGUCUCGUGCUUCGGAGCACUCGGAGGCAUCGGUGAUCUACGACUUCCAUCAAGCAAGGAGUCGGCCAACACCACCAAAAAAACCCGCACGUCUUUCUUUACAUCGAGCUGCUAGUCUCCAGUCCGUUGACGGUACAACGCAGGCGCCCCCAGAGACCCCAAAAAAGCCGACCAAGAGGAAUCAUCGGGGGGAUCCACCGAUUGAAAAGGCUAACAGUCGAUCUGAGAACAGUUCCGAGGCUACCAAUGGCCACCAGAGUGAUCAACCACCGCAACCCCCACCCAGAACACCUUCUAGAGCUGAAUCGUGUCAGAGUGCACUGAGAUGGCCAUCCCCCAAACCGAGGCCAACUCUCACUUCAGUUCCCAUUGAUAAAUGGUGUUGAAUUUUUUUCAAUUUUUUAGUUUAAAAAAAAAAGCGGAAAGAGUGGCGCGAGAUAAGCCAACUCCUCUUCAAGGUCAGUUUUUGAUGGAUGUCUUGUAAUUAAGGAUAUCCAAGUAGUUCAGGAAAUUUUUUCGAGGGGAAAUCCUCUUCAGAGUUUAUAGAAUUGACCAAGAGUAUUUUUUAGGCGCAAUAUCAACUUUAGUUUCCGAAGAUUGCUGCGAGAAAACGAUUUUUGAAACAACAACAUUUAACACAUUGCGUCCAUAAGAGCUGUAUACUUCCACCUU